AAAGAGUCGGCGUAUUGUAUGGCAAAGUCGGCGAUUGAUAUGUUCACCAAAUGUAUGGCCACUGAGUUGGGACCCAAAGGCAUACGAGUUAAUAGUGUUAAUGACGAUCCAAUCGCUCCUUACCCUUGGGAUCCAAACAACACCCCUAACGACCCGUUUGUCGAAUUGGCGCCGAAAAUACCGGUGAAAAGGGUCGCCGUUUCCGACGACUUAGCAUUCGCUGUGCUAUUAUUGGCGGCACCGGAAUCAACGUUUAUAACCGGAACUAAUAUGUUGGUCGAUGGGGGCUAUACUGUUGCUGGUCUAUAA